AUGGCUACCGAGACCGUCCCUGCCGCCAACGGCACCUACCACGGCCACCACCCGUACCAGGUAGACCCCUAUGCCGCCUCGCACCAGGCUGCAAACGCCUCCAACGCACAGUACGCGCCCCAGCAGCACGCGGGCACCUCCACACAAGCUCCCGCCGCCUCCCACGACUCCAAGAAUGAUAUCCCCAAGGACGAGGUCGGCUGGUUCUUCGUCGAGCAGUACUACACCACCCUGAGCCGCACACCCGAAAAGCUGCAUCUCUUCUACUCGCGCAAGUCCCAGUUCGUCUCGGGCGUCGAAGCUGAGAAGGUUAACGUUGCCAUUGGCCAGCGAUCAAUUAAAGAGUGCAUUGAAGGCCUGGACUACAACAACUGCAAGGUCCGUGUCCUGAACGUGGACUCCCAGGCUUCCUUUGAUAACAUCCUAGUCGUUGUUAUUGGCGAGAUGUCCAACAACCAAGGACCUCCUCGCAAGUUCGUCCAGACCUUCGUUCUCGCCGAGCAGCAAAACGGCUACUACGUCUUGAACGACAUCAUCCGCUACUUGAAUGACGAGGAUGAAGAACUCGCUCCCGAGGACGGCCCCGCCGCUGUCGAGGAGGCUCCAGCCGUUGACGAGCCUCAGGCUGCCGCUGUUGAUACCGCUGCGGCCCCCGCUCCCGCUCCCGAGGCAGCUAUUGAUCGCCAGGCCGAUACCGAAGCCGCUGCCCAUGAGGUUGACGAGAAGCUCGAGAAGGAAGCCGUCAACGGUGAGGUCAAAGCCGAAGCGGCUGAGGAGCAGAAGCCUGAGGCUUCUACCACUGAAGAAGCACCAAAGGAAGAGGCUGCUGAGGAGCAGCCAGCUCCCGCUGCCGUUCUCCCUGUCUCCGCUGAUGCCAUCCAGCCUGAGAAGCCAAAGGGCCCAGACCCUUCCCCAGCAGACGUCACUCCAAAGGCCCCUACUCCCGCUCCCGCUUCCGCUCCUGAGAAGAAACCUGUUGCUGCUGUUCCAGCUAAGCCCAUGAGCUGGGCCUCCGUUGCCGGAAACCGUGCUGGCACCACUCCUACUCCCGCCGUUCCAGUUGUCCCAGCUGCUGCACCCGCACCCGCUCCCUCUGCCCCUGUUCCUGCCACUGCAUCGGCUUCCGCUCCGGCUCCAGCUGCUCCAACUUCUGCCCCCACAAAGACCCAGCAAUCUACUCCUACUGUCUCUGACGCUGGAAACGAGAACCAGCCUCCAGCUCAGUCCGAAUGGCAGACCGCUGGUGCCGAACAUGGCAGAAGACAGCCACGCCAGCACACUCCUUCUCAGACUGAAGGUGUUCUCGGCUACGUCAAGAAUGUCAAUGAGAAAGUCGAUGCUAGUCUCCUCCGCCAGACUCUCUCCCGUUUCGGUAAACUGAAGUACUUUGAUGUCAACCGUCAACGCAACUGCGCCUUUGUCGAAUUCAGCGACACUGCUGCCUACAAGGCUGCCGUUGCCGCUAACCCUCACACUAUUGGUACCGAACAGAUCACUGUUGAAGAGCGCCGCCCUCGCGCCAACGCUUAUGGCGGCAACGGUGGUUUCUCUGGACGUGGCGGUGCUGGACGUGGCCGUGGUGACCGCGCCGGUGGACAGGGCCGUGGUGGUUUCCAGAAGGACGGCCGUUACAACAACCCUGCCCGUAACAGCCGCGGUGGCAGCGCCUCCGGAAGCGGCAAUGUCACCCUCAAGGGCCGCGGUCAACCACAGGCAAUUUGA